AUGGAAGAGGUAGUUGAAUUUACAAAAGUAUUGGUUCGAACAACCGAUAAUACUAAGAGCAGUCCCUGGAGCUUGUACAGUGCUAUUUCAACCAAUACUUUUAAUAGUCUACUAGAACUGUUAGAGGAUCAUGGUAGAUUUAAUCUCUACAAGUUUGAAGGAGCCUUGUUACACAAUCUCUAUCAAGGUUUUAUCAUUGACCCUUUCCCCAACAUUAUCUAUUGUUCUAUAAAAAAUCAUCGUAAUUAUCAAAGCGCUUAUAGUACUAAACAAACAUAUACAUACAUAUAUAUUUAUAUCCCCAACAAUCAAUAUCUUUUUUCUACUACUACUACUUUAGCUGAUAGAAAAGUCGAUAUGGAUCGAUUGGAACAAGAGGUACAGGGUCACGUUGAACUCAUACUAACCAGAAUGCCAGCACAAGUGGAUGUCUUUGCCGAAACCAAAGGUGUGUCCAUCUUAUACAAUGAUAUCAAAUAUACCCUCAUUUGCAAGAACAGUCCAUUGGCUCAAAAGUCUGAAAAUAUGUUCAAAUCAAUUCAACAAGUUACCGAUCGUAUAUCUACAUAUAGAUCUUCAUCCAAGUCAUCCUCUGAUUCGUCCUCUGAUUCGUCCUCUGACUCUGAUUCAUCUUCCGACUCUGACUCUGAUUCGUCCUCUGACUCUGAUUCAUCUUCUGUAUCUGAAUCAACAAAAAGUCGUUCAGGAAGUGCUUCAAAUCCAUCCACUUCCACCUCUACCACCUCUACCACUUCUACCACUUCUACCACUUCUACCACUACAACAUCUCGAUCAAUAUCUGUUCAACAGAUAUCAACCAACAUUAAAAAAGAGGAUAUCGAUGUUUUGCAUUUAUUUGGAUACAUGUAUACCAAAUACGUCUUUCCAUUCGGGCUUACUACAUUGGCACAUGCUGUGGGAUUCCAAUACAUUCUAUUUCUGUACAUGUAUCGAUAUGGUAGACAUACAAAGGAUGAUUUGUUAUCUGUUCCAACCAACAAGAUUGAUGAAUUCUUUCAAGACGAGUCGGUCAAUUGGAUCAAUCAAGAGUCUAGAUUGGUGGUCCGAUUCCUCAUCUGUCGACAAAUGGUUGCUCUCAACCACUGUAUCAAACUUAUUCCAACUGGAAAUCCACAAUGUCCUCUGAUGCUGAAUAUCAGGUUUCCAGAUAUAACCACCAAAAAGGUCAUUCUCAUGACAUACUAUACAAGAAGACCUGCAGGUUCCCACUAUUUGGAUCUACCCUAUCACAUCAUCAGAAAUCACUCUGAUACCCUACAAUCCAUCUACGAUACCAGAGAUGCCACAAUCAAUAAGAAAUGUGGACUUUACUUUUUAGCAUUCUCUGAUCCAAAUGUUACUCUAAAUGCCGAUCCAAUUCAAGGUUCACCAAAAUUAUAUUAUACUCCAGUUGAUGUUUGGGCCAAUCAAGCGACCAAGACUGGUGAUAAAUCCAUCUUCACUACAUUAAUUGAUAAACUCCCCAAUGGAGCAGCGUUGACUAAAAUUGUUAAACUAUUUAUGGAUAUCGCCAAAGCAAGGGAAAGCAAAUUACAGAUCAAAACAAAAUCCAAAAAGCUGCCACUCAACCAAAGUUUAAAAAAUUAA